AUGGAUUGUGAGGUGGGAGAGCCCCAUCGGGAUGUUCCACACGCCCCCAGGUGGGGCUUUGAGACCCCUGGUGGCCCAGACAGAGACAUAGACUGGUUAGAAUAUGAAGGGAGGUGGCAGUGGCAGCAGCCAACAGGGGGCAGCAUGAACCAGAGCAAGACGCCUGAGGCCACAGCUGGGCCCGCCUUCCUCUCCUCCAUCCCCCAGGCCAGUAUAAGAACCCCUGGGGGCUUCUGGCCUUGCAUUUGCCCCAUCUCCUCUCCUCCCUGGGGUUCAUGGUGCAGAACAGGGUCUUUGGCCGAGUCUCCAUUGCUGCCCAUCCUCACUGCCUGCCGGCUGGGCUUCCCCAGGAGGCUGUGCGGCGCCCAUCUCAGGCGGUUUUGUAGCCUGGUUGGGAAAAGGAGAUCAGCAGUUACUGAAUAA